UCUCACGAAUGAAAACACAUCAAAUCACGCGGCUUUUCCGAGCCCACCUUACUUGAAGUCACUUUCAAUAUCUUUGGAGCCACUGGAGAAUAUCCGCGGUCCAACUCCCACAGCCAUUCAUUCAUCCUCUCGAACCGACACAGCUUUCUCGUAUUCCUCGCUACUCAGCCACACAGCUCUCCCAGCUAACUCGCUGCUUGUAGGAACAUAACCCACUACCCCAGCCCACCACAUCUCUCGUCGCCUGCCAAGAUGGAGUCGGCCAACAUCACUGCUUGGGAGCUACAGAUCGGCGGAGAGCUCGAACGGGAGGCCACACGGAUGCUACUUGUCGCGCGUGGAACAGGGCAUCCCCACGCGCACAUCUUCAGAGUCCAUAAUCACAAUCAUGGCGAAGCGAACAUUGAUGACUGCCUGGUCGUGGAUGCCAGGUGGUUUGGCUCGCACAUGCACGAGGACGACAGAGCGCGCUCGCUCGCCCGCUUAUGGACGCGCAACAACUGGUCCCGCCACCUCGCCGCCGACUCCAGUUUCUGCCCGGGGCUGCUCGACAACGACACGCAGGCCGCAAUCUGCCGCGCUCUAGAUAGGCACUUUCUAGUCCAGGCGAGCCUCGAAACCUUUUCAUUAGUGAGGCGCCUUUUCAAGGAUGGAGAAGCCGACCCAAGUCUUGGCCCCAGUGCUGCCGCCACGGCCGCCCUCGUGGGGAAUCUACAGACGCUUCUGGCCAAUAAUCCGAACCCAGAAAACAAUGCGGAACGCGAGCUCCGAGGCAUCGCCGACGCUUGUCUGGCGUCAUCGAAGAAACUCAUUGCAGAAAUCGACAACACUGUCACAGAAGCAAACGCUCUCCGCGCCAGAGACGAGUUUCACGUCCUCAACAAUUCACUGAAGAAUUUCAUUCUCCGCUAUUCCGAUGGCAUGACAGAGAUAUCCGCACUUUUAGAAGCUAUUAGGAGCCAAGUUAAAUUAGAGUUCUUCCAGGUUCGAAUCGACCAGGAACGAAGACGACUUCUCGGGAGCAUCAAGUAUCCCGGUAUGAAAGAGCGACGGAACUCAAUCUCUCAGCACCACAAAGACACAUUUGAAUGGACUUUCCCUGGCCAGAACGACAAAACCGACGUUGAUGAUCAAAAAAAAACCCGCUGGAACAGCUUUACGGACUGGAUCAAAUCUGAUGACAAUAUAUACUAG